AUGUCAGAUCCCCAGAUCCAACUGGGCAGCUCCUGGAAAGGCCACCAACAGAGUGACCGUCAGGGCUUACUGGGCAGCACCAAAACUAAGGGGAGCAGGUGCUAUUCCAUAUUUGGAGAGAACAUCAAGCUUAUGGAAACAGAGAAGACCUACUCAAUUCUGUCCUUCAACUGGAAAGAAGAGAAUUUGCUGAAAAAGAAACUAAGUUUUCUAGACUCCAUGAAGAAAUAUGAAGCUAAUGCCUGGCUAAUGGAGCAGAAAGCCUUCUACAAACGAUGCCACUCAAAGCUCCGGAAGUCAGAACUGGCGCAUGCCCGGUUGCUAGGCAACAAGGACUUGGUCAAAAGGCUAACCUCCAAGAAUAUGUUGUCCAACUACACCACCACCUUUGUGGAUGAGAGUGAGGCAGCGGUGAAGUCGAUAAUCCAGAACAGAAGAGAGGGGGAGAAGAACAAAGUGCCCUUCAGACUUAGCCUAGACAAGGACAGACUCUACCCAUCCAUAGCUUCCAGGGCAACCUUAAAGGCAGACUCCAAGGAUGAAAGUGAGAGGGCAACUGUAAAUAUAAGAGGGUCUCUCUCCAGAGGGGAGGGAAAACCAGCUCUAGUUUUGUCUUUAGAGUUUUUGGAUAAUCCAGAGCAGGUAGAAAAACAGAGAAAGCUCCCUGUUGACAGCAGGCCAUCAGCUGGGGGAGACUUCCCUAGUAGGCCAUCGAGCACUGGGCAGAGUCAUCUCCAAGAUCCAGCCAUUGGCAGGAAAUCAAAAGGCAAGUUUCUUAAGUACCUAAUCUAUGGAGACAGGAGUGGAGAGCAUCCCAAGAAGAAAAGGUCAAGGCCCAGGAAGAACCCACCUGUCCCAGACGGUGUGCAAAUGGACCAGGCACUGCCGACCCAGAUUCAAAUCAACCUAGGGCAGGAGUUUCUCACGAGUGAAAGAGCCCAGUAUCUGGAGGCCAGAAUCCAAAGUCUACCACAGCCCACAUACUUUCAAGGUCACUCUUCUAACAGACCCUGGGAGAAAGGAACUGAAGGAGUAGUGCAUGCUCCAGGAAUCAGAACACAGGGUGCAGGAAGAGGGCCUGAAGAGAUCGGAAAACAAACUGGAAGCAAGUCCAUCACCAAAAACAAACGGCUUUUUCCCUAA